CGAAGGAAGGACAAGCUGCCCGAGUUCCGGUUUACGUGAAGAGAAAAACCGUCAUAGGAAGCAGCUGGACAUGGCGAUGGCAGAACAAGGGUCUCCCACCGGAGUUGGUCAGAACUGCUGCGAUGGGUCUCCCACCGGGGUUUCCCAGGUUGACUGUGACAGCAAAACAAGCAAUGCUCAAGCCCAGUCGGCAGCACAACAAUUAAGCUUGGAUAAUGCUGGUGAGAAACCCUAUAUGUGUUGGGAGUGUGGAUACAGGGCAGCUGACAAGUCUCACUUAUCCCAACAUAUGAGAACCCAUACAGGAGAAAAGCCCUACAAGUGUGACCAGUGUGACUACUCUGCAGAACAGAAAUAUGAUUUGGACCAACAUCUAGCAAAACACACUGGCGACAAACCCUACAUGUGUGGAGUGUGUGGGUACAGGACAGCUUACAAGUCUGACUUAUCCCGACACAUUAAAAACCACACAGGAACAAAACGCUACAACUGUGACCAGUGUGACUAUUCUGCUGCACGGAAAUCCACCUUAGAUUAUCAUAAAGCAACACACACUGGUGAGAAACCCUACAUGUGUGGGGAGUGUAGGUACAGCACAGCUGUAAGGUCUCACCUAUCCCAACACAUGAGAACCCAUACAGGAGAAAAACCCUACAAGUGGGACCAGUGUGAGUAUUCUGCAGCAUGGAGAUUUUAUCUGGACAAACAUGUAGCAAAUAACACUGGUGAGAAACCCUACAUGUGUGGAGUGUGUGGGUACAAGACAGCUUGCAACUCUGACUUAUCCAAACAUAUGAGAAUCCAUACAGGAGAAAAACCGUACAAGUGUGACCAGUGUGACUAUUCUGCUGCCCAGACAUCCACCUUAGAGGUCCAUAAGUCAACACACACUGGUGAGAAACCCUACAUGUGUGGGGAGUGUGGGUACAGGACAGCUGUAAGGUCUCACUUAUCCCGACAUAUGAGAGCCCAUACAGAAGAAAAACACGACAAGUGUGACCAGUGUAGCUUCUCUACAACCUCGAAGUCAGCCCUAACUCAACAUAUGAAAAUUCACAAGGAAAGUCCAAAUCUGCAACUGUGAUUAUCUACUACAUUUAGUUUGCUUGAUCAUUCCUUGGUAGUUUUGCCAUACUGAAACCAACCAUUAAGGAUACUAGUAUAUCACAUUGAUACUAAAAAAAUUUAGGCUAAAUAUUCUGUGAGAAUUGAUAAUGCAUGUAUUUACAAAUUGGCAAAGGUUUUUUUUCCAUACCCCUAUGCUUUUGUCAACUUUAUUUCGAAUUAAUGUAUAACUAUAAUGUACAGUAGCUAUAAAAACAAUUCACAUUUCUUAUAGUUUAGUUUAUUAAUCCAAAUUUUUUGUUCUUCUUUCAGUUCUUUUGAGCAAAAAAAAUAAUUUUUAGCUAUCUAGAAUUGUAGUGGAAAACAGUAUUGGAUAACGUACCUAUGCAUAGUCAGUAAUUAACAUUGGCAAGUGAUCGUACACAGAAUUUCAAAAGUAGAGGUUAGCGUUUUUUGUAUGAAUGUGCUAUCUUCUUGUUUCUAGUAAUAGUUUUCCCUGACGGAGUAUGUUCCCAUAUGUACUACAAAAAUAUAUUUUGACCAAUAUCAACUCUGUAAACUAGCGUUUGGUUGCGGUAAAACCUUUAAUGCCGAUAGCAUUGCAAUUCUAGAAAGUAAUUUUAGACUCAGAGAAAAACUAUAGACGUUAUGUUGUAUACAAGCAGAAUUCUCUUAAUCGAAGAUGUAGCUUCAUAUAUUUACAUCUAACACAAUUGAAUUGUAGAGUACAUUGAACACAAUGCCUUCUGUUCUGGUGACUUUUUUUUCAUGAAUAGAGUUUGUCAAUUGGUCUCAUUAGAAAUCACGAUUCAGACCAAACAGGCUAAGCUGUUAUUUUCUAUCUCCCUUUCAUAUAAUAUUAGACUAGACAAGAAAAUCGGGCGCAUGUUACGUCGUUUUGGUCGUCUACUUCUAAAAGUGUGUAAAAGGUUUAUAUUGUGAGGAAACUUAAACGUAACGUGCCACCCGACGUCAAAUGUACUACAUGGGUAAUCAGAUAGACUUAACCUUUGACCCAAAGGGCGUUCACCUCUGACCUCGCGAGGCGAAGGAAGGACAGAGAGAGGGGGACCAGUGUUGGCGCAUG